GAGCAAAUGCUUCCCUUUGAUGAACCCCUUCUGGCAUGAGAACAUAAACAUGACUGCUUCACACAAACAACUCUUAAACAUGCAUGGGACAUUUGUAAUCCUGCUGCCUCUCAGCUUGAUCCUGAUGAUUUUUGGAGGGAUGACUGGAUUUAUCAGUAUUCUUGCCAGAGCCUACCUGCUGCUUCUAAUGACGGGAAUGCUUUUUCUUUUUGGAGGCCUUGUUACACUCACUGGGAUCAGUGUCUACAUUGCAUAUGCGGCAGCUGCCUUCAAGGAAGCCCUCUGCCUUUUGGGAAACAACAGUCUCUUGCAGGAAGUUAACAUCAAGUUUGGCUGGUCACUGGCACUUGUGUGGGUCUCCUUCAUUGCCGAGGUGCUGACUGGGGCAGCGUUCCUGCUGGCUGCCCGAAUAGUGGGCCUCAAACAGAGACGGGAGCAGAGGAUCUGAAGCAGCAAAGAAGCCUAAUGCAUACGUGGAAUCUAUGGGAUCAGUGUGGAGAAGAAGAAUGGCAAAGCUGCUCUUGAGUGUACUAGGAUGCUGAGUUAGCUCUUCCAACAAUUGUGUGGUGGUACCAAGUGUUAAAUAUCUAUGGGCUGGCCUACAUGUCUUUAAAAAGAAAAUGAAUGGUGUAUUUAGUGCUCACUAAGGAUGCUUGUUUGACAAGCGCAGAGAAUGAGCUUUCUCCAGGUCAAGCACAAACAGUUUCUCUCUUUCCUUUCCCUCUUUAGGUGCCCCUGACAAAGUUCCUUAUGACUGCACUGGAGUCUGGUCUCCACAGCCAAUUUAAUCAUGGGCCUCUGCUGAGACUGCUAACAGGGGUGCUUCUGAUUAGGGGCAGCUGUGUCGGAAGCCUCUCUCCCUUGACAGCUGGACUAACACCAUCACGACAUUUAUUGUGCAUAGGCCACUAAGCAGCCCUUAGACAGCAUGUCUUUUGUAUCAGUUCUUAUACAGAGUCUGUAUACAUGUACUAGCAGAUUUACCCACCAUUGCUCUGGUCCUUCUCUCAGUUAAUUUUUGGUCUUUUUCAUUUACAUCAUUGUUCUAGGGUGGGGAAGGGGACAAGGGGUUCAGUUUGCAGGCUGCCUGGAGAGAGAGGUGCUUCUCCAUGGCCGCUGCAGCU